GGUCUUGUUGAGAAAUCGAAAGCUCUCUCUCUGGGUAGCGAGUUCAAUGUAGACGAGACCAUCUGGGAUCAGUGCUGCGAAUUGAUGCCUGCUACGGGGCUGCUCGUGAUGAAGGCAAAGGAACUUCAAGACGAACUAAUCUCCACUGGCAAGGUUGCAUUCCAACAAAUUGCCUAA